GCGCUGCCGACGACGCCAAUCGUAGUACUUUAGAAAGUACAAGGCUGAGACUAGGCUCGAUUUAAUACGGAUAUGAUGAUGUCACUUCCUACUUCGGUCAAACCUAACACUUCCCCAUGUGCUUCCCGAUACUGGCGGAUGCUGCAUUUCCGACAUCACCGUAUAAACUAAAUAUCGUCUAUCAUGUCUAAGAAACGCACUAUCGACUCCUUCUUUCCGUCGGCCUCCAAAAAGCAGCGAAAGACUCGGGAGGACGAGAAGCAAAAACCUGUAAGUGAAGGUCGGGCGAUGUAAAAGAUACAACAUGAAUGCUAAGGUACCAAAACAUCACGUCGAGGAUGUGCGGUACACGAAGCACCCGGCCUAUCCGCUCCCAAUUCCCGAACUCCCAGGGGCCAUCAGCCUGGAGCUCUGUUCCCUGCCUGCCAGGCCACCCCGGGUCAUCAAUGACCGGCCGGAGCUGGACUUGCUCUAUUUCCAGCCAUUCCUCUCCUCACACGCAUCCAAGGCGCUAUUCGAGUUUCUGAGGGCCAAUCUUCCCUUCUACAGGGUUGAGUACGAUAUCAAGCGUGGUGGCAUCCAGACCCAUAUCCGCACGCCUAGAUACACAACCGUCUUCGGCCUGGACGACACAAGUUGCUUUGAUGAGCACGAGGACGUGGUGGAUGCGAAGACGGACAUGAAGGUCUCCGCGGGCGCGCAAGCGAGGUAUGCGCCGCGGCCGAUUCCCAAAUGCCUCAACGACCUCCGCGUCGCAUGCGAGGCAGCAACCGACUGCAAGUUCAACUUCUGCCUUGUCAACUACUAUGCGUCAGGCGCGGAUAGCAUCUCAUUCCACAGCGACGAUGAGCGCUUCCUUGGCCCUGACCCGCUCAUCGCCUCCCUGAGCCUCGGGGCCCAAAGGGAUUUUUUGCUGAAGCACAAACCGGUAACGCCUGGAGCGGCGGGCUUAACGGGCAUAGACAUGGAAGCGACGCAGCUGAAGCUGCCUCUGGCUAGCGGGGACAUGAUAUUGAUGAGGGGAAAGACGCAAGCCAACUGGCUGCACUCGAUCCCAAAGCGCACGGGGAAAAAUCAGCUGGACGGGGGCCGGAUCAACAUCACCUUCAGGAGAGCCAUGAUCAAGGCUGGAACAGACAACUACUACAACUAUAAUGUAGGCAAUGGCGCUAUGUACUUAUGGGACAAGGCUGCUAAGGAAAUGCGCGAGAAUAAGCAAUGAAAUAGUAGUGACGGCGUAGCAGCCAACGGGGCAUGCGUCUAAGUCUAUGUGCACAGCCA